AUGGUGCUCAUGAGGGAUGUGGGCGCUGGUGAAAGCAAGCUUCCCGUGCGUUUCUCGUUGCAGGGAGGAGCCAUCGCCAUCCUCACGGCCGCGGAGAGGCCAGCCCUCUUCUCCGGCAUGGUCCUCAUUUCGCCUUUGGUUCUUGCCAGUCCCGAGUCUGCAACAACUUUCAAGGAUCAUCCGAAGAGCCUGGCCGAAAUGGCAACGCGACUGGGAUUCUCUUCGAUCCCAACCUCCUUCUGGGUCUUUGCCGCGAAGGUUCUCAACCUUGUCCUGCCAAACUUGUCCCUGGGCCCGAUCGACUCCAACGUGCUCUCUCGGAAUAAGACGGAGGUCGACAUUUAUAACGCGGACCCCCUGAUCUGCCGCGCGGGGCUGAAGGUGUGCUUCGGCAUCCAGCUGCUCAACGCGGUCACGCGGGUGGAGCGGGCCCUCCCCAAGCUGACCUUGCCCUUCCUGCUGCUCCAGGGCUCUGCCGACCGCCUUUGUGACAGCAAAGGGGCCUACCUGCUAAUGGAGUCCUCCAAGAGCCAGGACAAGACACUCAAGAUUUACGAAGGUGCCUACCACGUUCUCCACAAAGAGCUUCCCGAAGUCACCAACUCCGUCUUCCACGAGAUUAACCUGUGGGUCUCCCAAAGGACAGCGGCCGCAAGAGAGGGGUCCCCGCCCUGAGCCGACCGGCUGCGUGACGGGCCCACGGGCGGUGGGUCGGGGAAGUGGCGGGAGGAAGGGCAGAAGCUGGCUUGUCAGGUGCGGCCUGCAGGGGGCGGGGGUGGGGGGCACACACCAGAGAAGGUUUAAAUUUCCUUUCAACCAAGACAUCCUUGUCAUGGGUCGGGCUGUCUGCUACUGGAUCUACUUUAAGGGACAGACACUUGAUGCAGAAACAGAGAAGGGCCACAGGCAGGUUCCCGGGGAGAGAACGUGCGCGAAGCUCCUUAAAACCAAGCCGAGCCUCUGCCCUGCCCCUCCCCCAGCCCCCACAAGGUUCCCAGGACACCUGACUGCAAUAAUCAGAGGACACUCCCCUCCUGUCCGUCCCCCCGGCCCCCACCCCAGGACGCCCCCACAGCUGGCCUCGCCUGGUGGCCUCUCUCUGGCCGAGGGGCGAGGUGGCAGGCGUCACCUCCCCCGGGCAGUCUCAUGUGCCCCCCCACCCCCCCGCUGAGGCCCAGAAGAUGCCCAGGACUUCCUCGAGCCGCCCCCAACCCGCGUCAGCUCCUCGUCAGCCUGGAGCUGGGCUUUGGGACGGGGUGAGGUUUGGCCCAGAACGAGGACUUGGGCAGGAAACGCCCCCUUCCUGCCGGGGAGCCGGGCCGCCACCCAGGGCUUCACGCGUUGGGGGGCCACCUUUCCUCGCGCCUGACGGUCCCUGCCGCUAUGAGGGAGCAGGUGUCUCAAAGAUCAAGUGUCUAAUAUAUAACGUAUAUUCUAAAGCAGAGACUAUGGGGGGGGGGGCCAAGGGGGGCUUGGAGGUCGGGGAGCCCGAUGCCCCCACGCGGGAGGGUCCUGGUUAAGGAAGGCGCUAAGGUGCAACCCCGGGAAAGUGGGGCCCCGGAGCGCAGCCCGUCCCCGUCCCCGCGCCGCCCUGGGAGCCUCCAGGCUGGCCGCACAGCUACCUCUGGUGGCAGAACGAGAGAGUCCCAGCUCCGCGGCCCCACCCAGGGCCGCAGCCCCCGAAGCCACCGCAGAACGCCGGCGACCAGCAGGGGGCCCGGCAGGCCUGCCCGGCCUCUCUCACGGGCCCUCACUCAGUGCCAGCAAUAAACGGGGUCACCGGCCACUGCGAGUACUCUCACUUUCAAACGGGACUGCUGUUACCUCACGAGGCGACCCCGGGUGGGGGCGGCACCCCCAGGCCCCGGACGAGGCGGCCGCUCCCCUGCAGGCCCUCUUCCUUCAGCAGCAGGAAGUGCCGCCCCCACCCACGCCCCGUUUUUCUGGGGCUCGAUCCGGGCGUCCUCAGAGGGGGGUCCCCCCUGCUCUCCAUCCAGGGGCCCUGACCACGCCGCGGUGUGGCCACGAGAGCCGGGGGCGCCCACCCGCGGGCAGACCCCGGCCCCCAGCUGGAAGUCGUGGUCGCCUAGGUCUGUGCUCUCCUGCCCCUCCGGUGGGGGCGGGGGCCGGGCGGCGCCCAUGUCCCCACGAGAGAGGCUUUCGUUGCCCAGUCUUCCUUCUCUGGCUCCUCUUCCUUCGGAGGAGAACGAUGUAGACAAUGCGCUGAGAGGGGAGGUGGGCCCGCCGGGCCCCCGGUGAGUGUGCUCCUCAGCUGAGGAAAAGCAGACCCCCCCCCCCGCGAGCCCCCAAACCUCAAGACACCCCUGCACCCAGAUCUGGAGUUCUCGCCCGGAGCUGCGACGGCCGGGUCACACCAGGUCCCCGCGCCCUCCCGGAAGCGUGUGCCGCCAGGGCUGCUCCCCCAGCCGCACGUGGGGCUCGUGGUCUGACCGGGGGACCUUUCUGGACGCGUGGGUUUAUUUGUAGGAAAGCUCUAACCGAGAUUCUAUGGCAGCUCCGCGUCAGUCACCAUUGCGUGUCUGCUGAAGACACUGCCACACUGCGCCACCUGCUGACAAUGAGCAGGCGUGGGGGCCGAAAGGAGCUGGGUCCGGAGUCCCGCGCGGGGCCACGUGCCCGCCUGCCGUGCGACGGCUGCGUGAGUCUUGAACUGAGUUCGUGCUCGGUGUUGACGCCUCCGUGCUCCGUGCUGGGUUUGGAAGGGAAGGAAGCCACUUGCACGCGGCCCGGCCGCCAGCAGGUGAGAAGACGGAUCCCGGAGAUGCGACGGAUACAGAAGCGCCAGGGGGACGACCCAUGGGGACACCAGGCCCACGCGCUGUGGCGGACGCACCACGUUCCCCCGGAACGAGGUCUCACCGGCCCCUUCAGAAGUGGGUUUCAUGCCUGACUGUCUUUCCGGGAAGUGAUGCCACCUGUAGCAGGCAGACGGGCGCUGCUCCUUUGCAGGGGGGGCGGAUGGAGGGGUGCCGGGCCCCCCAGCUUCCAGGGGACACGGGGCUCGCGGUGAGAGCGCUGGAGGAGGCCACGAAACCCCGCCCGCUCUGCUCCGCACCCGUGGCAAGGCCCCCGCUACCUUUUCUUUCUUUUCACCGAUCGCUAACACAACCCGUUGGGGUCACCGUGAUUUUCUAAGCCGUUUACCAGUUAUCGUCUGUGCUCAGCCGCACCCCCACCCAUGUACCGUUACUGGGGACUCGUGAUCAGUUCAGAACUCCCAAAGGAACCAUGUACUCCACAGCUAAUCCUAAUAAACCGGGUGUUUUCUGCA